UGAGGGAUGAAGGAUGAAGAAAACAAUCUUUAUCUUCCUGACACUGUAUUGUUUUCUAGCGAUUGUACUUUUUGCUAUUUAUUUUUUCAGCAAAAAAUAUUGGCUUACUCAUAUGUUUUUAAUUUUACAUGGAGCCGAAAAUUUAAAAGAUAGUUUUCCUUUAAAUACUACAGGACACAGUCAGGUGACAGAAACAUCAGAGGUCUGGGUAAAUAAGUCAGCUGGUGAAGAAUUUCUGGGAGCGUGUCCUGAAACUCCUCCAAACCUUCUGGGUCCAUUUCAAGUGGAGUUGGAAACUGUUAGGACUCUUGAGGAUGUCAGAAAGCAGGUUGGUUCUUUGCUUCAGGUGGGAGGACGGUACAAACCCCCAGACUGCAUCUCUAAACAGAAGGUGGCCGUCAUCAUUCCAUUCCGAAAUCGCCAUGAAAACCUGACCCACUGGCUCUACUACCUCCAUCCAUUCUUACAACGGCAGCAGCUGGACUACGGUGUUUAUGUCAUUAACCAGGAUGGAGAUGGAACUUUCAACAGAGCUAAAUUAAUGAAUAUAGGCUACGCUGAAGCGCUGAAGGAAGAUGAUUACAACUGUUUCCUCUUUUCUGAUGUAGACCUCGUACCUUUAGAUGACCGUAACCUCUACAGAUGUUUUAGCAAUCCAAGACACUUAAGUGUUGCUGUAGACAAGUUUGACUAUAAAUUACCAUAUGAAAAGAUUUUUGGUGGGGUCACAGCAUUAACAAAGGAACAAUUCUUGACCGUCAAUGGCUUCUCCAACACUUUCUGGGGCUGGGGUGGUGAGGACGACGACCUCUACAACCGAGUCAUGUUGCGCAUAAAGGCCAUAUCUCGACCAUACGCUGUGAUUGGAAGGUACAAGAUGAUAAAACAUGAGAGAGACCUGCAUAAUGACCAGAACUUGAACAAUGUCAAAAAACUAAAAGAAACUACUAAUACUUUAGAUCAGGAUGGGCUCAGUUCACUCAAUUAUACAGUCAUAGAUAUCACAAAGAACAUGUUGUUCACUUUUAUUACUGUGGAUGUUCAUGUUCCUAUGGGUCUAACUAAGAAAUGAAUGAGCAAUGUUUGCCUACAGACUCUCUACAGCUUGUCUUUUAACUUUAACGUAUAUGGAAAUUAAAUGAUUUUAAUGUACUGCUGAAAUUUAAUGGGAUCUGGUAAAUUGUUAGAUCAUAUAAUCUUUUACAGGUGAAAUAAGACAUAAAACAUGAAUGGUUCUCUAUGGGGAUGCCUAAAGCUGUAAAAAUUAUUUUUGUAAUACCUACAGUUCAUUUCUAUCAAGUCUUGAACUAUUUAUAUUGAGAGGCCUAUGAUUUUUUUCUUGUUGGUAUUUAAAGGUUUAAUGCUUGAAUGUUUUUUAUUUUUAUCAAAUUGUUACUAAAAGGCAAGAAAAUGUAAGAUGGGAAUUUAUUGAACUUGUUAUUGACCAUACCUGAAGUGUUCUUUAAUGACUGACAUUUUUUUUCUAAAAUAAAUUACAGUAAAUAUUUAAAUAAAGUAUGACUACAUUUUUAUUUAUAUUAUCAAAUGUAUUUGUGUAGUUGUUAGCAGUGUUGGGAAAGUUACUUUAAAUUAGUAAUGUAGUUACAUUACUAGUUACUUCUUUCAAGAGUAACUCAGUUACUUUAAGUUA